AUGCUCCUCGAGGCCGCCUUCCUCCUCGCCCUCGCAGGCUACCUCUACGCUAUCCAUGUCCGCAUGCGUGGACCCGACCGCCCGAACGAGUUCACUCCCGAGCAGCUCGACAAGGUCCGGUGGGACGACAUCGACCUGACCGCCAACGUCCCGCCCGCGACCCACAAGGGCUACGCAGUCGUCGGCGGCUCCGGCUUCGUGGGCACAUACCUCGUCCGCCUCCUCAUCCUCCGCGGCGAAUCCUCCAUCCGCAUCAUCGACCUCCGCCCGCCCACCGACCCCACCGUGCUCGCCUCCCCCGCCGUCACCUUCGAGCCCGCCGACAUCACCUCCCCACACUCCGUCUCCGCCGCCCUGCGCACGCCCUUCCCCGCCACAGGCGCCCCGCCCUCCGUCGUAUUCCACACCGCCGCCUCCAUCCGCUUCUGGGAGCGCGCAUGGCACGCCUGGCCCCUCUCAUUCAACGUGAACGUCCUCGGCACACAGAACGUCGUCGCCGCGUGCCGCGAUGCCCUGCCGCGGGGCACGGUGCUCGUGUACACGAGCACGUGCGAUGUUGUCCUUGCCGCGCGAAAGUUCUGCAGGCUUGGGUUCGACCGCGGCGUGUGGCCGUGGAGCCGGAAGGUGCUUAGUGAUGGCGAUGCGCCGCUGGGGCGGCACGAGGCGCAUCAGUCGAAUUAUACGCAGAGUAAGAUGCUUGCGGAGCGCGUGGUGCUCGAUGCGAAUGGGCAGAACGGGAUGCGCGUGGGGAUUCUGAGACCGGGGUAUACGAUCACAGGCCCAAACGACCGCCUCCUCGCGAGCUCGCUCACCCUCCCGCGCAUCCCGACGAUCGGACACCGCUUCAAACAGACGUCCAUCUGCGUCUGGGACGUCGCCGCCGCGCACCUCUGCCUCGCGCACCGUCUCUCCCCUGACACCCAGAGCCCCGCCCGCGCGAUCCGCGACGUCCGCUCCGCCCUCGCGCACUUUGCCCGGCGUGCGCUCGUGCUCGACGACGUCCCCGAGGCUAUACUGUUCGUCCUCGCGCACCUCGUCGAGGCGCUGCUUUUUGUCCGGUUCUGGGCGCUGGUUCCUGUGUAUCGGCUUCUGUGGGGCGGGGGAGCGAGGCCGGGUGCGGACCCGGGGUGGAUGGGCGAGGGCGUGUAUCUCCAGCCGCCGCUGUUUGAGUUUUUGGAGGACUGUGUGGUUGAUGAUGCGAGGGCGAGGAGGGUGUUAGGGUACGAGCCGCAGUGGACGGUCGAGGCGACGGCCAAGUACGCGGUGGAUACGAUGGCGAGGGAGAAGGCGGGUGGAGGGCAUGGGUUGCAGAUGAAGCGGUGA